UUGUUUUGGCAAAGAAAGACUAUUCAACUGAUAAAAAACUGUAAUUAAAUUACUUAUAGAACAUUUCAUAACUUACAAAUAAAAAGAAAACAGCUUUAAGAAGAUGACAGAUAUAAUUUCAAUGUUAGCUCAAGCCCAAAAUAAGGCACAGAAUGAGAAUAAUUCACGACAACAGAACGAUUCGGUCGCUUCUUUCUUCAAUUCUAUAAGUAAACAACCAAGUACAAAUAAUUCAACAUUACCGAUACAAAUUAAACAAAAUACAUUAGAAUCUAUAGAACGAAAUGUCAUUCCAAACCAGGAUACUCAGAACAACAAUGCAUCUCAUAAUGAUCUCCAAACUGCAAAUUCUCCAUUAGCAAUGUUCUUGAAUUCAAAUAACUUUAACACUGUACGGACAGUACAAGAGACUAAAAACUCUGCAUUAACGAAUGCUUCUAAAGUACAAAAUCCGGUGACAACGCAAGCGUUCAAUUCAAUUCUUCAGUCGCAACAAAAACAACAACAACAACAGUCAUUGCCAAUGAAAAAUAAGAAGAAUACAUCGUCGAAUGGAACUGCCAGUGGUGCUAAGGAAACGACAAAGUUGAUAACACCGAAUAUGCUUGUCCAGUCAAAUAAUAAUAAUACGAAUAAUAACAAUAUUAAUAUUAAGGGUGAUAAGAAGCAACCUGAGCCAUUAACAAAGAAUCAAAUGAUCCAAGCUUUGAAAUAUCUCAUUGAUAAUGAUGACGACUUCACAAAGAAAGUACAUGAUGCAUACUUAAAGUCGUUAAAGAAUUAAGUCACUCCACUUGCCAGUUGAUGACAGCAUCUGUGUUUCAAUGCAUUUACUUACGAUUUUAUCCAUCGAUGUCUAUUUCUAUUAAUAUUAUUAUGUGCAUUUAGAAAUGUUGAUAAAUUGCCGUUAGACGUUUUUCUUUUUCCUUCUUUUUUUUCUUAUAUUUUACAAGUUUAAUAAACAAAAAAAGUAAUAAUAAUAAUAAUAAUAAAUACAUACCCAC